UUCGGUGAAGCCGCGGCUGCUGUCAGCUCCGGUGCCACUGGCGAUCUCCUGGGGUUGGUGUGCCAUAUGGCGCUCCGUCGCUCCUGUCCUAACGAGGAAAUAUUUACUCGAGAUUUACUUAGCCUAGAAGAAACCGAAGUUUCAUGAAAUUUAACUUGACACCAUGGGGAUUCAGGGACUGCUUCAGUUCAUCAAGGAAGCUUCGGAACCCAUCAACGUGAAGAAAUACAAAGGGCAGGCAGUAGCUGUGGAUACCUACUGUUGGCUCCACAAAGGAGCUAUUGCUUGUGCUGAAAAGCUAGCCAAAGGGGAACCUACAGAUAGGUAUGUAGGAUUUUGUAUGAAGUUUGUUAAUAUGCUGCUGUCCCAUGGGGUCAAGCCCAUUCUUGUCUUUGAUGGAUGUACCUUACCUUCUAAAAAGGAAGUGGAGAGAUCUCGACGAGAGAGACGACAAAGCAACCUUCUUAAGGGGAAGCAGCUCCUGCGAGAGGGCAAGGUGUCAGAAGCGCGGGACUGCUUCACCCGCUCCGUCAACAUCACACACACCAUGGCCCACAAAGUGAUAAAAGCUGCUCGGGCCCUGGGAGUGGACUGCCUGGUGGCUCCCUAUGAAGCUGAUGCUCAGUUGGCCUAUCUUAACAAAACUGGAAUUGUGCAAGCCGUCAUCACAGAGGACUCGGACCUCCUCGCCUUUGGCUGUAAGAAGGUGGUUUUGAAAAUGGACCACUUUGGAAAUGGACUGGAAGUGGACCAGGCCCGGCUGGGCAUGUGCAAGCAGCUUGGGGACGUGUUCACGGAGGAGAAGUUUCGGUACAUGUGUAUCCUGUCAGGCUGCGACUACCUCUCCUCCCUGCGUGGGAUCGGCUUAGCAAAGGCCUGCAAAGUGCUGAGACUGGCCAAUAACCCGGAUAUCGUCAAGGUUAUCAAGAAAAUUGGGCAUUACCUGAAGAUGAACAUAACGGUGCCUGAGGAUUACAUCACAGGAUUUAUUCGAGCCAACAAUACUUUCCUCUACCAGCUGGUGUUUGACCCCAUCCAAAGGAAGCUGGUCCCUCUGAAUGCUUACGGAGAUGACGUUAACCCGGAUACCCUGAGUUAUGCUGGGCAGUAUGUCGAUGAUUCUGUGGCUCUGCAAAUAGCACUUGGAAACAGAGAUGUAAAUACUUUGGAGCAGAUUGACGACUACAGUCCCGACACUAUGCCUGUCCACUCAAGAAGUCAUAGCUGGAAUGACAAAGUGUGUCAGAAGUCACCUAAUAGCAUAUGGCACAGAAACUAUUGUCCUAGACUUGAGGCGAAUGGUGUUUCCCAUGCUCCUCGGUUGACAGAAAAUUCAAGCACUGUGGGCCUUAAACAAGUAAUUACCACUAAAGGGUUAAAUCUUCCCAGGAAGUCUCCCAUGGUAAAGAGACCAAGAAAUGAGGCUCUGUCCGAAGAUGACCUGUUGGGUCAGUAUUCUUCAUUUACAAAGAAGACCAAGAAAAACAGCUGUGGAGAUAGCGCAUCUUCUAACUCUUCCGAAAUAUCUGUGCCCAACCUGGAUAACGGGACGGCUCACGGGACAGAUGCACACACUCCGUCUAGGAUAAGGAAUAAAUUCGCAGUGUUUUUACAGAGGAAGAACGAGGACAGUGGUGCAGUUGUAGUUCCGGGCACCAGAAGCAGGUUUUUUUGCAGUUCUCUGGAUUUUGACAACUUCGUACCUAAAAAAGCAAGCAUUCAACCUCUAAAUGAAACUGCUGUAAUAGGCAAAGCCACUACCAAGGGCCUUGGAGCAUCAGACAGUCCAGACACAGAGGGCCAGAAGCUGGUUGAUGUAAAUGGGACACAGGAUCCAAGUGCUCAGAUCCCAGGCAAUGAGACUGUGUCUCCUGUUGAUGAGGCUCAGUCUGAGACCAGCAAAUUUGUGGGGACUGUUUCCCCGCCCACUCUGAGGACACUAAGAAGUUGUUUCAGUUGGUCGGGAACUCUGAGAGAUUUUUCAAGAACUCCUAGUCCCUCUCCAAGCACUGUGUUGCAGCAGUUCCGCAGAAGGAGCGAGUCCUCCACCUGGCUGCCCAAGACCUGUGCUGUGACUGACACCUGUCAGUCAAAGAAUGAGAUGUCAAGUACUAAGUCUCCGCCCUUGCAUGAGGUGGGCCAGGCCUCCCGAUCUCAGGAAAGCAUAGACUCUCUGUACAGUUUAAAUGCUUCGAGUCUUUCCCAGCCUUCCAGUAAGGAUUCGGAUUCAGAGGAAUCGGACUGUAACAAUGCGUCACUUGAUAAUCAAGGCAGUGAGAACUCCAAGCAACAGUCGCCUCCCUUUUCAAAGAAGGACGCACUUGUAAGGAACAAGGUUCCUGGGCUGUGUAGGGCUAGUUCUGUGGACUGUCUUUCUACCACCAAGAUCAAGCCCCUGGUGCCAGCCCGAGUCAGUGGCCUGAGCAAGAAGCCAGGAAGCAUCCAGAAGAGAAAACACCGCGAUGCGGAGAACAAGCCAGGGCUGCAGAUAAAGAUCAACGAGCUCUGGAAAAACUUCGGGUUUAAAAAAGAUUCUGAAAAGCUUUCUUCUUGUAAGAAGCCCCUGUCUCCAGUCAAGGAUAACAUCCAACUCACUCCAGAGACAGAAGACGAAAUCUUCAACAAACCUGAGUGUGCACGUGCUCAGAGAGCAAUAUUCCACUAA